AUGCUGGAGACCUACAGGAACUUCAUUGCUAUAGGAUACAAUUGGGAAGACCAUAAUAUUGAAGAGCACUGUCAAAGUGAUAAAAGAUAUGGAAGGCAGGAAAGAAGUCCUGCUGGAGAGAACCACUAUGAAUAUAUGCAGUGUGAUAAAGCCUUCACAUAUCACAGGCAUCUUCAAAAGCAUGAAGGAAUUCAAACUCAAGAGAGACCCUCUGAAGGCUUUCAACAUAGUGAAGCCCUCACAUGUCAUAGUAGUCUCCAAAUACAUAAAAGAACACAUACUGGAGAGAAACCCUACAAAUGUAAUCAAUGUGAUAAAUCCUUUUCACAGCUCAGGUAUCUUCAAGCACAUGAAAUAACACAUACUGGAGAGAACCCCUACAAAUGUAAUCAAUGUGAUAAAUCCUUUUCACAGCUCAGGUAUCUUCGAGCACAUGAAAUAACACAUACUGGAGAGAAACCCUAUGAAUGUAAUCAAUGUGGCAAAGUCUUUGCACAUCACUGUACUUUGCGCUUGCAUAAAAGAACACAUACUGGAGAGAAACCUUAUGAAUGUAAUCAAUGUGGCAAAGCCUUUGCAAAAAACAGUUAUCUUCAAACACAUAAAGUAAUACAUACUGGAGAGAAACCCUACAAAUGUAAUCAAUGUGAUAAAGCCUAUUCACAACAGAGUCAUCUCCUAAUACAUAAAAGGACACAUACUGGAGAGAAACCUUAUAAAUGUAGUCAGUGUGGUAAAUCAUUUGUAUCUCACAGUCAUCUUCAAGCUCAUGAAAGAAUUCAUACUGGAGAGAAACCUUACAAGUGUAAUCAAUGUGAUAAAGCCUUUUCACAACACCCUAGUCUCCAAAUGCAUAAAAGAACACAUACUGGAGAGAAACCUUACAAAUGCAAUCAAUGUGAUAAAGCCUUUUCACAAAACAGUAGUCUCCAAAUGCAUACAAGAACACAUACUGGAGAGAAACCUUAUGAAUGUCAUCAAUGUGGUAAAGCCUUUUCACGUCACAGUAGUCUCCAAACCCAUAAAAGGCAUCAUACCGGAGAGAAACCCUAUGAAUGUAAUCACUGUGGUGAAGUCUUUGCAUAUCACAGUACUCUCCAGAGACAUAAAAGCAAUCAUCUGGGAGAAGAACCCUAUGAAUGCAAUCAGUGUGAUAAAGCUUUUGCAUAUCACAUUCAUCUUCAAAGCCAUGAAAGAAUUUCAACUGUAGAGAAACCUUAUACAUGA